UAGGUAGUCAUGGCUUGGGGUGAGUAGUAGUUUUGCUUUUCGAAUCUGCUUCUUCGACGACAAGACAUUGUGAGCGAUAACCCUUAUAUCAAUAUUCAUCCCAACAUAUCCAUUCCCAGACAUACCCUUCUAAAAGACUGCCAUGGCCCCGACAACCCGCAUCCCAGAUGUCUACGGACCCGGUACAUGGACAGACGCCUCCUUCACGCCCGUCCCCCAGGACACAGCGCGCAUCUUCCGCCUCCUCUGCGCCCAAACCCCCGGCUUCACGCAAGACGAGGCCCUCCUUUCAAAAGUAAACUUCACAGGCGAAGACUUCCCCGUAAUCCCCGGCCCUAUAAAAGCGACCUCAGUCGCGGCCGCACUACACGCCAUGUGCGGUGUGCUCGCGGAUGAGAUCCUCACGCUGCGCGGUCAGGAAGAAGAGAAACGGGAGAUUAAUGUAAACACUACACACGCAGCGUUGUGGUUUGGAUGUGUGGCGACGGCGUACCUGGAUGGGAAGGAUGUCCUGACUAUGGUGAAGGAGAAUGUGUUGAAAGAUGUACUGCCAGAUUGGGAGCGAGGCUGGACUGACACGCCACUGAAGUACCGCGCCACAGCGCUGUAUCCGACGAAAGACCCGGAGACGUGGUACUCGCUGCAUGGCAGUAUGAACGCUGCCCCUGUGUUGAAAAGUAUUGGUAUCGAUCCCGGCACUACUGUCUCCUCGAACGAAGAAGCAGCAUCCCUGAUUGCAAAACACACCACGCAGUUCAGCCCCUCGGAGCUCGAAAUGCUCAACCUAACCCACGGCUUCUGCGGCUCGAUCUGCUUCACGCCGCAGCAGUGGAACACAAGCAGCAUGGGCAAAUCGCUCGCUGCCCACCCCCUAGUGAACAUCCAACCGCAACCACACGCCAUCCCCACCCCACCCACGGCCUUCCCGCCCCUAGAUCCCACAGACAAACGCCCCCUAGCCGGCAUAAAAGUCGUAGAACUAACCCGCGUAAUCGCCGGCCCACAAAUCGGCACCAUCCUCUCCGCCUUCGGCGCCAACGUAAUCCGCCUCAACGCGCCCCACCUCCCAGACAUAAACAUCAUGCAGCUCACCCUAAACGCCGGGAAACGCACAACAACCGUCGACCUACGCGUCGAGUCGGACAGGACGUAUCUCCAAGCCCUACUCGCAGACGCAGAUAUCUUCAUCCAAGGUUUCCGGCUGGGCAAGAUCUCCACGUUCGGUUUCGGUCCCAACGAUCUUUUGUGCAUGGCAGCGCGCCGCCAAAAAGGCAUCGUCUACGUGAGCGAGAACUGCUACGGGCCGGAUGGAUACUACGCCGAGCGCCCAGGCUGGCAGCAGAUCGCCGACGCCGCGGCAGGAAGCGCGUAUGUAACGGGGCGCGCGCUGGAGCACACACAAGGCUUACCGCGUGGCGAGGCCGUGCUGCCCUGUCUGCCCAUCAGCGAUAUGACGACGGGGGUUCUGGGCGCGGUGGGCGCACUGCAGGCGCUGCGGGACCGCGCGACGAAAGGGGGGAGUUAUGUGGUGCAUGCGGCGCUUGCGGGGGUGAAUGCGUUUGCGCUGCGGGAGGAGGUUGGGCUUUAUCCGCUGGGGACGGUGGCGGAGUGUCAGGAGAGGUUUGCGUGGGGGGAGAUGAGGGGGCAGCAUCAUGUGCUUGAUUUGUUGGCUACGGUUUGGGGCGGGUGGAAACGUGUUUUGGGGGCGUAUCUGGGUGAGGAGAGUGGCUGGUAUCAGGGGUUUGAGGGGAGUGCGUUUGGGGGGCGGAGACUGAGUGUUCUUAAGCCGGUGGUGCAGAUGCAGGGUGGGGGGAAGGCGUGUGUGGAGUGGGCGAGUCCGAGUGUGCCGUAUGGGGUUGAGAAGCUGGGGGAGGUGGCGUGGAGGUAGAUGUUGUAGGUUCAUGGCUUGUUGUUGUGUUGGAAUGCUGCUGGCUUGUUUGCAAACGACUCGGAGUGUAGCUGUUCAGAGUAUUAUAUCCGGAGUUACGUCUCCCUACAGACGGCCAUCUCCAUACUAUGAGCGAGUAAACAAACAAUCCUCGUAAACAUGUGCUUUGAGAAACUGCCAUGAACAUACAUUCUGUGUUCAUGUAGAGAGAUCGGAUGGCAGAUGAUGCAAGGUCAGGACGGCGAGAACUGGAGUUGAGGUCAGAACA